AUGCUCGGCCGGAAUUCGAAAUCGACCGUCGACGUCGACCUGUCACCCCUGGGCGGCGGCGGAAUGAACAUUUCGCUCGGCAAAAAUGGCUGCCUUGUUGAAGGUGUUCUCCUCAUCUCCCUGCGAACCCCAACGCGGGCUUUGGGUCCUAGGCACCACGUCUCAGGGCAUACUAGUGCCGGCGCAGUUGUUCGGUACCAAAAUUAUCAUUGGGGUCAGGAAGGAAAGAAGAGUGGACGCUGUAGAGAGUACGAAUACGAUGAUGAUAAUGAUGAUGACACGACGACGAUGAAGACGAUGUCAGGGGCAGUGGAAAGAAAGCAAGGAGAGAUGGGCAUGAAGAAUAUGGUCAUGGUUCUUACCAGUUUCCUGAUUUUCGUGUUUGGUUUAGGCCAAGUCGACGCCUCCCUGUCAACACCACAGCCUUCAGCUUCUCUUCAGACUCCGAAUUCUGUAACAACACCAGCUACACCUCCACCAACACCCGCUUCAACACCUGCACCGGCACCUGUAGCUGCACCCGUACCUAUGUCUGCACCUGUACCUGAACCUGAACCUGUACCCGUACCUGCGUCCAUACCUGCGUCCAUACCAGCAAGCACUCCUACACCAGACUCAGCUGCUGCGGGAAGUCAAGCUGAUGUUUACGGACAAGCAGCAUCGAAUCUAGCGGCUGGAAGUAAUUUAGAGAGUACCAUUCAGCAGAUUCUUGACAUGGGUGGAGGAACCUGGGAUCGUGACACUGUUAUCCGAGCACUUCGUGCUGCAUUUAACAACCCCGAAAGAGCUGUGGAAUAUCUUUAUUCCGGAAUCCCUGAGCAACCUGAAGUUCCACCAGUUGCCCGUGCCCCAGCUAGUGGUGGACCACCGGCAAAUCCUCCAACACAGGCUCAACAACCUGCACCAGCACCCGCAAGUGGUCCAAAUGCAAAUCCAUUGGAUCUCUUCCCACAGGGCUUGCCAAAUGUUGGAGCAAAUCCUGGUGCUGGAACACUUGACUUCCUGCGCAACAGCCAACAGUUCCAAGCUCUGCGAACAAUGGUGCAAGCAAACCCUCAAGUCUUGCAGCCUAUGCUUCAGGAACUGGGAAAGCAGAACCCAAACUUGAUGCGUUUGAUUCAAGACCACCAAGCUGACUUCUUACGCUUAAUCAACGAACCCAUUGAAGCGGGAGGAGAAAGUGGCAACCUCUUUGGCGAGGCGGGAAUGCCACAGCCUCAGGCGAUCCAAGUCACAAUUGAAGAACGUGAAGCAAUUGAACGGUUGGAAGCGAUGGGAUUCGAGAGAGCAUUGGUGUUGGAAGUUUUCUUUGCGUGCAACAAGAACGAAGAGUUGGCUGCAAACUAUCUUCUAGAUCAUAUGCAUGAAUUCGAAGAAUAG